AUGGUUCGAUUCGGUUUGAAUUAUUGGAAAAUUUCGGAAAAUUUUAAACUGGGCACCGAUGUGUCCUUGAAUCUUGAAAAUGAUGGCAGUCUUUGUUUGUACAACGGAAGUGUCUGGAAAAAGAGUUUAACCGCGGGAGGGAACCCUAGAGUAGGGGCCAUCUAUCUCGUGAGGCUCGACUGGGAUGGCAUUCUUCGUCUGUACAAUCAAUCACUGGAGAAAGAAGACAAUUGGAAGUCAAUAUGGUCAGUCACGGAGGACAAAUGUUUACCGAAGGGCCUGUGUGGCAUUAAUAGCUACUGCACUAACACGGAUGGAGGAGCGCAGUGCACAUGCCUCCCUGGAUUUGAUAUCGCUCGUGAAGGAGAAUGGAGCGCUGGCUGCACCUCCGAUUUCAAGGUAGACUGCAGAGACACGAAUCAAAGUAGAAGCUAUGUGAUGAGGAGUGUUCUGAAUGUAACUUGGGAAGACAAUUACUACAGUGCUUCGAGAGGAACGACAGAAGAAAGUUGCAAAGAGGGCUGUCUACAAGACUGCAACUGUAUCGUAACCUUGUUUCGAGAUGGAGAAUGUCGGAAGCAAAAGCUUCCGCUAAGCUAUGGCAGAUUUUCUCCAAAUGCCACUGACAUGGCUUUUGUGAGAGAGCACAGCCUCAACUAUAUUCAUCCAGGAUUGACAGGACAUCGACAGAGGCUUACCGAUGUGCAGAAGCGUGCAUUACUAGGAGUAUCGCUUGGUAUACUUGGUCUACUUAUAUCCAGCAUUAUCUACUACGUUAGAAGACAGCGUGGAUGGUGCAAUCAUGGAAAGGAAAACAAACAGAGUAUCGACAAAUUCGUACUCAACCAUGGAUAUCUGGCUCCAAAAAGAUAUAGCUACAAUGAAAUCAAAAGAAUAACAAAAUCCCUCACAGAGAAACUAGGCCAAGGAGGCUAUGGUGUUGUGUACAAAGGAAAGUUACCUGAUGGUCAGCUUGUGGCAGUGAAGGUCUUAAAGAAAACUCAUGACAAUGCGGAAGAAUUUGUUAACGAGGUCGCCAGCAUCAGUAGAACCUCCCAUGUCAACAUUGUCAAUCUCUUGGGAUUUUGCUAUGAGAGAAACAAUAAGGCUCUAGUCUAUGAAUUUAUGCCCAACAAAUCCUUAGACAAGUUCAUCCACAAGAGCCGAUCUGCGGAUCCAAAUUGCUCAUUGGGGUGGAGGAAAAUGUACGAGAUUGCAGUUGGGGUUGCCCAAGGUCUUGAGUACCUGCACAGAGGCUGCAACACCAGGAUUGUUCAUUUUGAUAUCAAGCCUCAGAAUAUUCUUUUGGAUGAAGACUUUUGCCCAAAGAUAUCGGAUUUCGAGCUUGCUAAAUUGUGUGUGAAGAAGCAGAGCAUAAUAUCUAUGCUUGGAACAAGAGGACCUAUAGGGUACAUUGCUCCUGAAGUGUUCUCAAGAAAUUUCGGCAUAGUUUCGCACAAAUCAGAUGUGUACAGCUAUGGUAUUAUGCUUCUUCGAAUGGCGGAAACAGGGACUAAUGUUGAGACUAAGUCGUCUCAAUCAAGUGAACAUUAUUUCCUUGAAGAAAUUUAUGAGAAUGUGGUAAUGCAAAAUGAAAAGAUUCAUGAUCUCAUGACAGAAGAGGAGGAAGAAGUUGUGAGGAAAAUGUUAAUGGUAGGUUUUUGGUGCACUCAGACAGCUCCAUUAGAUAGGCCUUCGAUGAAUAAAGUAGUGGAUAUGUUGCAAGGGAAUCUGAAGUCUAUACAGAUUCCCCCAAUGCCAUUUUUGCUCUCUUCCCCGAAACCACAGUUCUCAUGUUCACUUCCUCUUCCUGUAAUUGUAGAAACAUAUGCUGCUCCAUAUGGUUUAAUAAACCAUUACCAACCUAGAGGCACACUCCCGUGAGCGCACGUAAAUUUGAGUGGCGGCAGCAGAGUGCAAGAGGGAGAGGCGACGGUUGUGCAGGAGGGAGUAGACAGCGGCAAGGGAUGAAG